AUGACCAAGACUUAUGCCGAGCCCAAGGAGAUGGCGGAGCUUGUGAGCACCCAAGCCUGGAUGGACGAAACGCUGAGCUCUAAAGAUGAGCUGAAGGAAGAGGGCGGCAGGCAAGGUCCUUUUGGACUGAUGUCUGGCUUGAAUGAAGAGCACGACAGCAUCGAGGAAGAAGAGGAAGAAGAGGAUGAUGGGGAAAAGCCGAAGAGAAGAGGACCAAAGAAGAAGAAAAUGACCAAGGCGAGGCUGGAGCGGUUCAGGGCCCGGCGGGUGAAGGCCAACGCCCGGGAGCGCACGCGGAUGCACGGCCUGAACGAUGCUCUUGACAACUUGAGGAGGGUGAUGCCCUGCUACUCCAAGACUCAGAAAUUGUCCAAGAUUGAGACACUGAGGCUUGCAAGGAACUACAUCUGGGCUCUGUCUGAGGUCCUCGAGACGGGGCAGACUCCUGAAGGUAAGAGCUUUGUGGAGAUGCUCUGCAAGGGGUUGUCCCAGCCCACCAGCAACCUGGUGGCUGGCUGUCUGCAGCUGGGACCGCAGACCUUGUUCCUGGAGAAGCACGAAGAAAAGUCCCCGGUGUGUGAAUCGGCCAUAUCCAGCCACUCCUUCAGCUACCAGUCCCCAGGGCUCCCAAGCCCACCCUAUGGGACCAUGGAAACGCAUCUGCUGCAUUUAAAGCCUCCAACCUUCAAGAGCUUGGUGGAUGCUUCCUUCGGAAACCAUCCCUCUGACUGCACCACUCCCCCCUACGAGGGUCCCCUGACGCCGCCCCUGAGCAUCAGCGGGAACUUCUCCUUGAAGCAAGAUGGGUCUCCAGAUCUGGAUAAAUCCUACACCUUCAUGGCCCACUACCCCUCAGUCAGCCUGGCCGGAGCACACGGACACGCCUCGCACUUCCAAAACACGGUGCCCCGCUACGAGAUCCCCAUAGACAUGAGCUAUGAGUCCUACCCACACCACGUGGCCGGGCCUCAGCUCAACGCCAUCUUCAAUGAAUAGCAAAGCAGAGUUAGACCCAAAUCCUUGACGCAGGGAGAAGUUCAGCCGCGUCGCGGAGCUGUUUCUAGAACGGACACAACUGGAGCGAGGAUUAUUGCCGCUACGGGGUGAGAGACUUCUGAGCAUCUCUGCAGGACGUCGCUGUGGAAGGUUGAGCUGGGCCUCCGGCCCUCUCCGAGCAGGUCCGCGCCGGUGCCACCUUGCUGAUUUCCGAGCCGCGUGAACCCUUCCCGACAGCCGAACUCUGGGCAGCCACCGCCGAAAGCUGAGCCGGCGCCUCCCGCACCCUCUGCCCCAGAGAUGCUCACGAAGGUGGCUUCACCCCACAGGACUCUCUGCCUGAACGCACUCCAGCACUUGGGACCGUCCAUUGCCAGGACAUUACGGCUCCUUUUCCUCCCUCCCUGGGGUGGUGGGCACACCUCUGUCCCGCAUGGUGGAGACAAGCCCCUCCUGCCCCUUGGGAUGACCCUUCCACACGCUCCGAUCGGCUCUUGGUUUUCCGAGUCCAGCCGAGCGGGCUGGGAAUGAUCUGGACGACCUGCAGAAGCCCAGCACGGCUGCUCCUCCUUGAAGCUUCCCACCGGACGGAGAACCUUGUCUUUGCUGCCACCACAUCAUCCAGGGACGGCGUGGUCCAGCCAGGCUCAGAGCUUCUCCGUGAUGCUCUCCUCCCGCGCUGAGCCCCGCUGCCCGCCCUCUCCUGAGCCUCAGACCUCGCCUGUGACCUACGACCAGCGUGAGGUUAUCAGCACACGGGUCUUGAAACCUCCUUAAGGGACUUUGUGCUUUCAGAGCGCAAAUAUCCCGGCUGGAAGAGGAGCUCUCAGCUGAACCCUUGCUCCUGACUAGGGCCACGUCUU